AUGCCAUAUCUCGAGUCGGACGAAUCGAACUUGAAUGAGAAUCGUACAGGCGAAGCGUCAGGCCGGUUUGGCCGGUUUGGCCAAUUUGGUGGGCAAUAUGUUCCAGAAGCACUGAAAGAGUCCUUGAUCGAACUUGACGAAGCAUUCGUACAAGCCACCAAGGACCCCGAUUUCUGGAAGGAAUGGAGGAAUUUAUCCCCGUACAUGGGUCGACCUUCACCGCUUUAUCACGCCAAUAGACUCAGUCAACACGUGGGCGGUGCACAGAUAUACCUCAAGCGAGAAGAUCUCAACCAUACGGGAAGCUCGGCCAUCAACAAUGCCCUGGGUCAGGCCUUGUUGGCUCGAAGGCUAGGAAAAAGGCGUGUGAUCACGCAGACGGGAUCCGGACAGCACGGUGUUGCAAUGGCCGCUAUAUGUUCGAAGCUCACGCUUGAAUGCACUGUCUACAUGGGUGUUACAGAUGCGCGACGACAAAGCGUGAAUGUGGUUGACAUGAAAAUCCUGGGCGCAGAAGUCGUGGUCGUCGGCAGAUGUGCUGGCGCGCUGCGCGAUGCCAUGAACGAAGCUUUAAGAGCCAGCAUUCACGACCUGGAUAGGUCUUUCUACGCGACGGGAUCCAGCAUUGGACCUCACCCAUACCCGAUCAUGGUGCGCACGUUUCAGAGCUUAAUCGGGCAAGAGACUAAAGAUCAAAUGAAAGACCUCAUUGGUCGCUUGCCUUGUGCAGUGGUCGCUUGUGUCGGAGCAUCUAACUGUGUUGGCAUGUUCUUUCCGUUCAGGUCGGAUUCGGACGUGAAUCUCAUCGGCGUCGAAGCUGCAGGCCAUGGCAUCGACACGAACAAGCACUCUGCGGCCUUGGGCAAUGGUGCGGUCGGCGUCUACCACGGUACGAUGACAUACCUCAUGCAGGAUGAGCAUGGGCAAAUCAACACUUCGUCUUCGAUCGCGGCAGGGCUGAACUGUCCGGCAGUGGGACCGGAGUUGGCACACUGGAAAGACAGUGCCAGGGCUAGCUUCGUCACGGUCACAGACGCGCAGGCGCUUGUCGCCUUCCAAACAAUAGCACAACUAGAAGGGAUCCUUCCUUCUUUGGAAACGAGUCAUGCUAUAUGGGCCGGCAUGAAGAUGGCUAGCACCAUGAAACUGGAGGAGACGUUAGUCAUAUGUCUCGACGGGAAAGGGGAUAAGGAUUUGGAGAUCGUGGCUGAUAGAUUGCGAUACUGA